UGUGACGCAAUAAGUCGCCAUUCUUUGAGUUUAGCGUUGAGUGUCAAAAGCAAGCCAAGUGAACAGACGUUGUUAUCAUGAAGUUGUUUAACCAUUCUCGGACUUUACGUUGUGAUAAUAAUUAUUAAGUGGAGGGGAUUUGGAGGGGCUACAGACUUCACUAUAAAUACAAUCUUUUGCGUUGUGAGUGCCAGUGUUGAAAUACAUUACUCGGAAUACACAGUGGUUUCACAGAGGAAGGAGGGAACUUUACUUCAUUGAGCGGUAACUAGUUUAUGGAGCGAGAGAAAAAUAGUUUAACAUCGGACGGCCCUGUGUUGGCUCUAAGCUGUCGCAGGGAAGAGAAUGGCUGGGUGCCGACGGUUGGGCGAUGGGGCUGCGAAUGGCCGAGUUGACUCGAAACUGCUGACAAGACACUUUGCAAUGACGGAGGCGGGGGUGGGGCGUGGCCGCAAGACCACCCACUGCCGCUGCCUCGCUGGGGGACGGGAGGCGGGGGCAAGUCUGGCUCCGCCCCCACCCCCAUCCUGCGCCUGCCCACCAUCGAGGCUUAUGAGGAGUUGGCGCUGACCGUAGAGUUGACUGUGCAGCAACUGAUACACCGCCAUAACUACAAUACUGUCGGCAAUUUCAUCAGGUUCUACCAGGCAUACCGCGCCAGCCGCGAGUCCAGUCUGGCCCACUUCUACCAGGCGUACCAACCGCCCAUCACGGCCGCUCACCACACGUGCGUCGGCCUCGGCCUGGAGCUGUUGCAGCGGUUGGCAGCCCUGGACGGCCGCUUCCCCGGCCUCAGCCGCCAUGUCUACCUGGUCAGCUGCGAGGAGGCCGUCGAUCAUGCCGACGAGUACGUGAGGAGGGAACCUGAUCCCUGGUCUACCGAGAAGGAGCAUGUACUAGUUGCAUGUCAGGUUGAAAUAGCCGGACGUCGCGGAAUUAUGCUGUUGGACCCAGGCUACCAUGUUGCCAGGGUGGUUACUGUCAUGUACGAUCAGAUGUACCCGCAUACAGGUUGGUUCACGCAAUCGAAGGAAGGUGACAUGCGUAAAGACUACAACUACGCGUUCGCGUCGGGUGCGGAUGAAGCCGGCUACGUGGUGUGGCGUGUGCGUGACUCGAGGGGCGCCGCGACGCCUGUUAAGGUGUCGCACAGUGUCAUCUUUGUGCGUCGGCCGUUCCUGAACGCGAUAGAUGUCGCCGAGAGACGCAACCUCGUCUACAAUUUCCGCAGUUUGUUGGCGCGUAACACCAAGGGUCAGCUGACGGCUGGUAUCUACUUUGGAGUGCCCGAAGUAACGGCUGGGGGGAGAGACAAACCAUUGGUGACCCUCUUCUAUCAGGCUGAUGGAGUCAAGAAACGCGAGAAGGUGGCUUUCGAUCUAUUUGCCACCCCUGACAUGAAACUGGACCCAGCCCUAGCCAAAAGCGUGGCGCUCUGCGGCGAGCAGCUCGGUCUUCCCGAGUCGGGUCUCAGAGACCUGCUCUACAAGUUGGCUCACAUCCUCACCGACGCAUCAUUCAUCAGUCAGAUGCUGGCCAUCAAUCAGGCCAUCAUUCUCAUGUCGGACGACAACUGAGAACUACCUCCAUCUCACUCCCACUCGACCACCCCGCAUCUCACAUCUCGUUCACUCAUCAUACUAGCGUCGUUCGUUUUCCUAACACUCAUUAUAAUAUUUUACAAGACGCAUCAGUUUUGGUAAAUUUCAUUUGGUUUCAUUUAGCAUUUUUUGUGGUUCAAUCUACGAUAACUUUUUAGGCUGGGGUUAGAUUCAUACAAAGCGUGAAUCAUCAAAAUGAUAGGGAGAGAAAAAAUAAGGUAACCUUAUGCUAUUCCUUUCUCAAAUUUGGAUAAGGUUCCUCAUUUGGUUGGAGGGAGAGAAUAAAAUAAGGUAACCUUGUGCUAUUCCUCUCACAAAUUUGGAUAAGGUUCCUGAUUUGGUUGGAGGGAGAGAAAAAAUAAGGUAACCUUGUGCUAUUCCUCUCCCAAAUUUGGUUAAGGUUCCUAAUUUGGUUGGACUAGAAGAGCCUAGAGCUAGAACACGAAUUUUAGAGCUUAAAACACUUAGAAACAACCUGACAUGAGAGGCUUGUUAAAUUAUGUCUCCAAAAGUAUACUGAUUCUUUAUUGAUCCAUACAAGUACAUUAACAAAAAUGAUAAGGAGAGAAAAAAUAAGGUAACCUUGUGCUAUUCCUCUCCCAAAUUUAGAUAAGGUUGGAUAAGGUCUAAAAGAGCUUAGAGCAUAGAGCUAGUACACGAAUUUUGGAGCUUAAAACAUUUAGAAACAACCUGACAUGAGAGGCUUGUUGAAUUAUGUCUCCAAAAGUAUAUAUUGAUUCUUUUGUGAUUCAUACAAGUACAUAAUCAAAAAUGAUAGGAAGAGAAAAAUAAGGUAGCCUUGUGCUAUUCCUCUCUCAAAUUCGGAUAAGGUUCCUCAUUUGGUUAGACUAAAAGAGAAUAGAGCUAGAACACGAAUUUUGGAGCUUAAACACUCAGAAACAACCAAACUUGAGAGACUUGUUAAAUUAUGUCUCCAAAAGUGUACUGAUUCAUACAAGUACAUUAACAAAAAUGAUGAGGAGAGAAAAAAUAAGGUAACCUUGUGCUAUUCCUCUCCCAAAUUUAAGGUUACACACAGUCCGAAAUAGGUCAAGACUUGUAGUUGUUCACUUUACAAAAUUUACAGUUAUAAAUUAUUUUCACAAAGUAGAUAUGAAUCCCCUCUUAGGACCGUUUGCACAGUCAAAGCUUCAUCUGAGUUUAAUCAGCUGUGGAUUUAAACUCAAAUGAACUACAUUAUAAAGAACUAGACUUGAUAUCUAUUCAAUCCAGUUAAAAUUGAUUUGAUAUUUAGUUAAAACUGGCACUUUGAAACAACCCGACAUAAUUAUGAGACGCUUGAUAAAUUAUGUCUUUGAAAGAGCAUGAAUCAAUUAUAAGGGCCGUUUGCACUGUCAAAUCUCAAACUGAAUUCAAUCAGCUGGUGGUUUUAAAAACUUGGAAUGAACCACAUUAUAAUAAACGAGACUUGAUAUAUGGAUUUAAAUUGAUUUAAACUGGCACAAACGGCACUAAGUCUAGUUACACACACAUCGAGUUUUGAACGUACGAUUUUUUCUCCGUCCUCAUAAAUACUAUAAUUAGAUAGGGCAUAACUUGGCAAACAGGUGAUGGGUUUGCCAAGUUCCAUUUGAUCUGGCCCUUUUUCAUAAAAACUUGGAAGUCCUGUAAUACAGGAACAGCUGAUUUUAUCGGCUAUAUUGAGCAUGUAAUUGGAAUGUUGAUUCUCCUGUAUCACGUGACUUAUAAGUUUUAUGAAACAGGGCCCAGGUAGAAUUCAUAAGGACGGCAAAAAUCGAACCUCCAAAAAUCGAUGUGUUUGUUGAGCUAGUAAGGUCUCGUGGCUUCACAGCCGCGUACUGUGUUUAUCUACAUUUUCAUUAAUCUUUGUUCACAAAAAAGAUUCGCUCGUUUGAUCUAAUCCCAGCCUAAGAGAACACUAAAAUCUUAUUAUAAUAAUUUUAACUUCUUGAUUUGUUGUAUUUUUUCAAGUAUGAUUCAGUGUUGAGGACACAAGGCCGGUCUCACACUGCUCACGAAUAUCGUAUCAUAUAGUAAUUGUUAUAAUUUACGAAUAUGGUAUCCAGAAGUAAUUAGGUCGUUAAUUUCGAAUUGUGAUCUUUGACUUAGGCCCAUAUGCACCUUCUACGCAAAUCUAGGUUUACUAGAAGGUAUGGUCGUAUUUAUUAUGUGUUAAAACCAACUGGUUUAAAUCAAUUACUGGCCAAUCUCAGUUUAAGGGUCGCUUUCUCCAAAGUUGGUUCAACUACUAAACCCUGUUAAAACCAACUGGUUUAAACCAAUCGCUGAAAAAUAUCAUUUAAAUUUUAUUUGGUGAUCGGUUUAUUAGUUGACAUUAAUCGUGCAUUGGUUAUAUUAUAAUUAUUGUUGAUUUUAAUUGAAUAUUUGACACACAACUUAGUUUAGUUGUAUUAUCCACACACAUAAACUAUCAGGACCGUAAUAAGCUUGUAAAGAUGUAGAGCGCAAACGCUUGGAAUAAAGGGAAUUAUCCAGUGAAAA